AUGGUGGAAAUCCUCGACGUCUCACCCGUCGGGUGGGUGUUCAUGAAAGAAUUCUGGUGGCAAUAUGUUCUGAUUGCCAUCUUGCUGGCAAGUGUGGUCUGUGGAUGUUCAUAUCUUACCUACUCUGGCACCCGCAGAGCUAUACGAUGGUAUAAGACAAGACCGCGUGUAGAAAUUGUGCCGGCUGCUGUCUCUCAACGCCUGGAAAAGAUCGCCAACCAACAGCUUACCCUAGCCGCGGCGCAUCACACGAAACGGAAGCCUACAUCCGUGGGAGUCUACCUAGGCACUUUUGCUACUCCUUUGGAUGAGACGCAUCGUCAGCUUCUCGAUCGCUACGACCUCUUGAUUGUGGAUCCUUCCAAGUCCGGGGUUGUUCAUGCAAUUUUGCAUACCGACGGGAAGCAGGUUUUGGGCCGAGUUGAUCUCGCUCUAAGUUCUUCCCAGCAGGACUUGACUCUCGCCGCCAUCGAACAGAUCGACAGCGCCCUGGCUGGAAGCUUUCACGGAAGUGCCUUUUCUGGUAUUGUGCUGGCGAAUUGGGAGGACAAGUUCAAGCCCAAGGUUCUCGCCAAAUUGGCCGAAGCCAUCCACGGUCUGGGUCUGGCUGUGUAUCUGGAGACUGGUCCGCCCACUUUCCUGGAGGAUGGUCAAUCGCUACAAACCCCGGCCAUCUCUGGUUUAGUCGUCCGAAAUGCUAGUAUCCUCCCCGACGGUCAGAAGCGAGACUACUUCCAGCUCGACAAGCUGCGCCCAACCAUCAAAGCCUUUGUGUCAGAGGCAUGCAUGAGAGACUUUUUGGUUCUGGCCUGGGAAACUGUCGACGACGAUGUUACGCUUUCGAAUGCUGUCGUUCAACGGUCUAUGCAGUGGUGUAAUUUCUACAGCGCAAUUCCCUGGAUUGGCCGCAAGGCCGCUCUCGAGAACGCUGCCAUCAAUGUCAAGACCCCGGAGCCGCUGUCCUCCUUUAGUUGGCUGAAAGAUGCGGAGACCAUGAAGGCCCACGAUCGCUGGCGCACCAACCUCGACAUCGCACGCAAUUAUGUUGCCAAGGCCUCUUGGGAUACACUGCGCGCAUAUUUCCCCUCUGUGGACGACUUGCUCUUUUCUUCCGAACACUCGCCGACAAUCAAAAACCCACCAGCCAACAAGCUUCGCGAGCCUCCGGAAUGGGUUGCUCAAGUCAAGUCACAGGGCAGUCCGCUGUCCAUCUCCAUGGCGGGUGUCGAAUACAAGGAACUUGGUUGUUUCCCGCUCGGCUCAGAGGCAACACCCGUUGCUUUUGCAGAAAUUGUUCAUUCCCAGCAGCGUCUGAAGUCACUCAACCUGCUUCAUCCGGUUCCGUCGUCGAAAUUGCAGAACAUGGGGCUCCUCUUCCGACAGUUUUAUGAAAAUUUCGCCCUCUCGAGCUGGAUGGCCUCGGACCAACUGGCUGCCUCUAUCAAGGAGUUAUCGAACAUGGCAGCUAACGAUACGCUGCGGGUACACCUCGGGCUGGAUUCUGGUCUGCGCAAGAGUGCUGAUGUCCGCUUCUGGGCCGUGUAUCAGAUGGACGCGGAUGGCUUCGAUGUCUUCGCCUCUAAGAAUGCCCAGGGACUGGCUGGCACCGUAUUGCACACCUUCCUCUCCGCCAAAGGCUACCCCCGUCACGUUUGUUUCGAGGCAGAAAUUGCGUUGGCGAGAUGGUCAAAAGAUAUCAACGAGGAUAUCGGGUUACCGCGUCGCAUCAUCCAGGACAUUGACGCCUUAAGUCCGGAGGAACGACUUUUGCUGUUGCAGCAUCUGUCAUUGACCGAUGCCAAGGGCGACCUUUCUGAAACCAUGUGUGCGUACAUCCGGCGACAACUUGUGGACGCGCCAACUCUGGCUCAGCUGAAGGAGCUCAACACGGUCGCCUACCUGGAGGGGUCGGCUUCGCCAGAGCUCUUGAUCGAGACUCGGAUCAACUGGUACAAGGAGCAGGGCUGCCAAUAUCCUUCUGCUGCCUCGUCUCUUGCAUUGUUCUACGAGGCGGAGUCGGUCUUCACCAAGGUACUGCGAGAGCGGAGAGAGGACGACCUCGCUCAGAUCUCGAGUGGUCUGGGCCAGCUCGUCCAGGAUGGUCCUAUUGAUGCCUAUACUGACGUACUGGUCCUGUCGUUGUUCUGCGCCGCACGAAAGGGUGCCCUCGACGAGAUCUAUGCCGAGGUAACUGACCGCAAUCCGUUGUUCAACAACCAGUCCGACCAGGCCGCAGCUUUCGCCGAAUCGUUUGCUCUCGGAUCCCGCUGCGAAGCCUACUUCGAUGUUUCGCCAAGUGCCUUUGGAAAGCUUCUGUCGGAUCGUUUCCGCAAAAGCUACAACGAUGAGAAGCUUCCUGACUGGAUCCACGGUGCUCCGGACAUGGCUACUUCAUAUGCCGGUGCCCAGAUUGAUGUCGAUGCCACUCACAAGGUCAAGCCCAUGCGUGGAUAUCAGCGCUUCACUUUCCUCAGUGUGUUCGCUUUUCCUGCUCUGAUUGAUAUCAUUCUUCUCACGAUCAUCGGUCGCGGACUGUAUCUCUCUGCCUUCAUGACGGCCGAAGAGCAACAGAGUGCGACUAUUGCACUCAUGAUUUCGCUCUUGCUCUCCGGUGCUAUUGGCACCUGGAUUGCUUGCGGAGGACCCUAUUACCUCAUCUCCAUGGCUUUCGCAGCUGCCAACAUGUUUGUUCUGAUCAGACUGAUUGCUGGCAUCGCCUUCACAGUAGCUGGUGGUCUCAUCGGUUUCAUCUGCAUUUCGGCCGCCGUGAGCCCGCGGGCCGGAAUCAUCUUCUACCUCUACCUCAUUGCCCUGACACUCUAUUUCUCGUGUUUCGCCUCGCUGGCGAGUUUCAGCUACCCUGGCUCCACGUUCCUCUCCGGCCGCAAGGUCAUCUUCGCAUGUGUCCCGAUCUUAUUUGUCUCCCCCAUUGUUACCACUUUCACCGGUCAUGACUCGGCCAUCUACCUUGCUGUGAUCUAUGCUUUUAUCGGAUUGCUGCUGCUUGGUCUGAGAUCGGUCUCCUCCAAAUGGGUCACUUGGUACCAGAGCAUUCGGAGAACAGAUGAUACCGAAAUCCGAAAGUGGUACGUUGCCACUUACGGUAACAACGAUGAGAAGGUCUUUGGAAAUUUGAGUGACCCGGCCGUCCUAAAGCUAUCCCGAGAGGCGUUGUUCAAGGAUGUUCUCGCGGAGACUAAACGCUGGUUCUACCAGAAGCCUACCACCGACAAGUUGGUGCUGGAGCUAGCCAAGGAUUGGGAGGCGACCAACUUCCUCCUCGACUGGUACUGCAGAUAUGCCGACGUACCCAGGCCAAUUCCUUUCAGUUCUUCCUGGAACAUCCAGACCAAAGUUGGACUGGAGGUGCUCCGGAACUCGCAAAAGGGCAUCAGGCUGCACAAUGCCUUCAUCCAGUGGCGACAGUCCAGCAGAGAAAUCGGAUGCGGUGUCCUGUACUUCUUGCUAGCCCUGCUUGACAAGUGGGUGGAGCUACUCACCGGCGGCCAAAUGACAGGUCUUGCCCCUUCGGUUACCAGUUCGCAGCGGAUGGCCGUCGGAUUUGGCCUGGCAUACUACCUAAUCGGUGCGGUCCUCAUCGACACCAAGGCUCAGGAGCUUCAUGAUCUUGUUGGAAAGCAGACAACGCUUGCCGUGCCCAAUGCUAAAGAUAUCCGCUUGGCGCAGAAGCGGGACGUGAAAUACAAGAGAAUGGUAUACUGGAGAACUCUAUUCAAGUAUCUCGGGUGGCACGUAUGGAGUUUGGCCCUUGCCACCGCUCUGAUCUGGACCUUCCAGGAUACAAUGGAAGCGAUGAUCAUCUUUGUCGCUUACAUUCUGGCAUACACCGGUCUCCUUUGGUACCAGUACACGAAGAUCUUCUCCGGCCCGCAUGCAUUCAAGACCCUACUCAUUGGGUGUGUCGUUGGCUUACCGGUUGGCAUCGCUCUCAAGACCCGCCUGCCGCACUUCUUGUAUUCGGAAGUCAUUGGUCUCGGGUCUGCCACAUGGACUGUCGCUAUCCUCACACUAUUCAAGGCGAAGAUGGGCAUGCCGAAGAAGGUCUCAUCUCCGGUGGAGCUUGGAAGGGUAUUCCACGCAUACUCGUCUCCCUGGUCAGAUCCGGAAUGGUCCCAACAGGAGCUGCAAACGUUCUACGAGAAGCUCUCGCUUGUUCCGUCCGACGCGCGCUUGAGCCUGAGUCCCCAAGCCCAUCCCGGUGUGGAAGUCAAAGAGAUCCUACUUUCGCGCAGAAAGGAAACAAGAAUUGAAGAAGCAUUCCCCAAGUCCGACGACCUCGUGAACCUGGCGUUAGGCGCCUGGGGCAAAGGCGAAAUCUCCCUGGAGCUUGUUCCCGUUGGCUCACUGGGUCCUGGCAUUCAUGCAUUGAGUUGUUGUACGUCAGGCCAACUGCACAUCGCCAUCUGUGUAGGCCGCGGACUAGACCAACGGAUUGACGUCAGUGCGAACUGCCAGGUCAUCGCAGAGACUCUGCUUCACGCUGUUGCAGAAUCGAUGCUGCAUAUGCCUCAUGAACAUGCUGUACUUGCCGAGUCGCUCGUCACGGCAGGUGUGACGGAAACCAUGGCACGUCAACUUCGCGCGGAGCCUAAUACACCGGUCGUCAUACGCUGGGCCAAGAAGGAGCUCCUUCAGCAGCUGUGCCUCGGAUUCGACUGUGAUUCUCACUGGGAAAAGCUGCCCAAGGACGUCAGACAGGCUUUGAUCAACCGGUGCCUUGGCCAGCCAUGCCAGCUCUCUGAGGCUAGCCGGCAAUGGCUGGAAGGAAGGCUUUGCCAGUUCGAUGCUGAUACCCUCGAUGUGCACGUCGCCCGAAGCAAUCUCGGAGCUGCUAGUGCUGUCAGCAUUCUGGAUUACGCACACUACGGUACUGGUGAAGCAGCCACUUUCAACGAUCCUGAGACUCCAGAGCAUAUUCCAUAUGUCCCGAAGAAGCUUCCUUCGAUCAUUCAAAUGCUGGCAAAGCCCUGGAACACCAUCUACUACGCUUUCGCUUCAGUUGUCAAGUUCAUUGUGGUUGCUCUCGUCGCCGAUCCCGAAUUCCAGCGAGAAUUCGAUCAUGUUAUCGGGCAACACCAUGCCAUUAUCCGCGUACCGGCUACCCUGGCAUUGAGCUUGCUCUGGUCUUAUUCAAGAAUUAUGCAGAAUAUCGGUCUCUCCUUCUUUUUGUUCCAUGGUCGUGAUAAUGUGAAGCAGCUCUGGAAUGAGGCCAAGGGAAUGACCAUCAGCAUCCAAAAGAGCAGGUUCAUCAUUCAAAGUCUGGAUGGCACAUUCACUGCCUUCAAGCAUGAUGAAACGGAUGGAGGCUUCAAAAUCUAUUACUACUCCGGCCAGCACAAGACAGAGCCUGAAGGCACAAAGAGUCUCAGCUACGUCUGUGUUUACUCCAAGGAUGUGCUGCUUAUGGUCCGCCAGGAGUUCAAGGGUGGAAAGCUGCUCAACGAGUACCAUUACGACUACCGCGCCCCGACCAAGAAGGCCUUUGGCUUAUCCAAGUCGUCCCAAGCAAGAAUCCCAAUGGGCCGGCGUUGUGUCCGCGGAGACAACCAUUUGCAGAGUGUGCAGUACAACCGGAAGGGACUCAUCGAGGCAGGAUCUUAC